AUGCUCGGAACGCGGCAAACCACCGUCCCCCGGGCAGCCCUCCGGAGGCUGAUAUACUCAUUCAAUCACCCAGGCUGCAGCACCACCGGCGUAACCCUAGUUCCUCACUAUUCUCGCUUCAAAUAUCCUAUUAAGUCCCCAUUAGCAUCCAAUGCCAAUGCCUGUUUCAGCGCUAGAAUCAUCGAUCGAGAAUCUCUUUCUCGUUCAAUUAGAUUCUACUCAACUUCUUCAUUCUCCAAUUCUUCAUCUCCUCGCGAUGUUGGUUCUCCGAGCUGCAGUAAUAGCAGUGUCGAGAACAAUGAAGCUGAUGCCGACGAGGCAACGGACGAGGCUUACGAGGCAAUGAGAAAUGCAGCAAUGGACGAUGCGUACCGCGCGAUUGAAUUGGCGUUGGAUUCGGUGGUGAAGAUUUUUUCAGUGGCGAGCAGUCCAAGUUAUUUCCUUCCUUGGCAGAAUAAAAUUCAGCGUGAAUCAAUGGGCUCCGGAUUUGUUAUUUCGGGUAGGAGAAUCCUGACAAAUGCACAUGUUGUGGCUGAUCAUACGUUUGUUCUUGUAAGAAAGCAUGGUUCUCCCAUCAAGUAUAAAGCAGAGGUGCAGGCAGUUGGGCACGAAUGUGAUUUGGCUAUUCUGGUUGUCGAAAAUGAAGAGUUCUGGGAAGGAAUGAACUUUUUGGAGCUUGGUGACAUUCCCUUUAUCCAAGAAGCUGUUGCUGUUGUUGGUUAUCCUCAAGGUGGGGAUAAUAUUUCUGUUACAAAAGGGGUUGUCUCCAGGGUUGAGCUAACACAAUACGCACAUAGUGCAACCCAGCUUUUGGCGAUACAAAUUGAUGCUGCCAUAAAUCCAGGGAACAGUGGUGGCCCGGCAAUAAUGGGCGACAAAACAACUUUGUUUUGGCUGCAUCUUCAUGUAACAACAUUCUUGCGUAACAAUGAUAUUGCAAUGGACCUGUACGAACCCGGAAAUGGAUCUAAUGGGAUAAACACUCUUUCAUUACAGCCACUUGUUCCAGUUCAUCAAUUUGAUAAGCUUCCGAGUUAUUUCAUUUUUGCUGGCCUUGUCUUCAUUCCACUAACCCAUCCCUAUCUUCAUGAGUAUGGAGAAGAGUGGUAUAAUACGUCACCUCGUCGAUUGUGUGAACGAGCAUUUAGGGAAGUGGCCCAGAAAGCCGGUCAACAACUCGUUAUUCUCUCUCAGGUAUUAAUGGACGACAUCAAUACUGGAUAUGAACGCCUUACGGAAUUGCAGGUGAAGAAGGUGAAUGGUACGGAAGUCGACAACUUAAAACAUUUGCGACAACUUGUGGAAGAGAAUCACAUUGGGAAUGUGAGGUUCGAUUUGGAUGAUGGGAAGGUGAUUGUUUUGGACUAUGAUUCGGCAAAGGUGGCCACGUCCCGGAUACUAAAACGCCAUAGGAUACUUUCUGCAAUGUCAAGUGACCUCGACGACGAACAAAAUGCGCAGGAUGUUGAGCUUGCUUGUUCAAAUUGA